GGACCUUAUUCUAAAUAUGCUGUUCUGUACCAAACUCAAUUAGAACAACAAGUGCUCACAGUUCACACACCUUGCUGCGCUGAGUUAGAAUUAGGUUUAACCAGGAAGUUCACUAUUUAUCCAUGAUAUAUCUACUGUUAGUAUCAUGGCAACAGUCUUUAUUUUAACUCGACAAUUGCAAUAUUUUGGGAACGGAGUAAAGAAAGGAAUUUUAAGGAAACACAUUUGAACAAAUGGGAAAAACUGUAUUUUUCUCUCCAUUGAUUGUGUUCCUGGUGUUGGUUCUACCGUGAAGCAGUGAAUCAGUGACCGAGUGUCUCUACAGAGACACUGAUGCCCCCCCCCCCCUCACUGAUACAGCAUGGAUGGUCUACGGGCUGUCUGAACUAUCAAGUGUCUCUUUGUUUUUCUCUGUCUGAGCUUUUGGAAAUCGGAGCACUCCGUCUAUCGUUCAUAUUUUAAUAAGUUAAGUUAUAUUAUGCUACGUUACUGAGUGGAGUCAUGGAACUGCAGCCUAAAUAGGAGGCUAGUCUUAGAGGAGCUUUAACCUCGGAGGGGAACUGGUCCAACUGGUUGGUUCCAAGCAUAAUUUCCUUGUUAUGAGUCGGACGGUAUGCUGUGACUCACUUCAUUACAGCAGGAAGAAGACUAAGGUACUGUACUCAAUUCCGAUUCCUGAUAUAUCAUAAAUAUCUAUCAGUUAUAUAUCAUCAAUAGGAAGAUUGCUAUUUUUAUGUAAACACGUACUGCUAAAAACCGCGUCAAUUAUGUCAGGGAAAUUACCAAAUGUUUAAACUGUAGUGUCCGUGAAACCUCUCACUGUAUUUAAGUUAAUCGUUCACGCUGAUGUUGGUCAGAAUUAUCCUUUUAUUUUCUUAUCAGAAAAUGUAGCCGAUUCUAAAAAAAAUAAGGAUACAUAUAUAUUGUUAUGUUUUUAAUAUUAUUAUUAGCAUGAGUAUUAUUGUUGUUAUGAGGUGCGUAGAAUAUAUUAUACAGUUGUAUUUGCAUCAUAAUGAGUCAUAUUAUUAUUAGUCAGGAAGACAUCUUGGAUAGUGACAGUGUUUAAAGAUCCUCUUGUUCUGGUUCUUGUUUACUGUGGCCCUUUAUCACAGUUCUGAUUGUAAUGUCAUACGACAUGAGGAAGGCCAUAUAUGGUCCUGCCUUCAGAGUGGUUUAACCAGCACAGGGAACAGUUGGUAUGAUUUCCGCAUUGUGAACUUGAUCUUCAUCAGACACAUUUGAAGCCCUUAGAGACCAUCUGAGUUGAAUGAUGAAUAGUUAUUAAAUAGUUAUUAUUUAAUAGUUAUUAAAUAGUUAUUGGAAAUCUGCAUCUAGGAAAGACAACCCAAAAGUAAACCAACGCUGAAUUGCCAUAGAAACAUUAUGGAGUUGUGUUUGUGUCCAGGUCUACAGUCUACUAUGCAUGAGGAGAGAGAGGAGGGGGCUCCUACCUCUAAAACUAUUCUGUCUGGGGAACCUGGCCGCCAGAGCAAAGCUAAGAGAAGGAGGCAGGAGAGAGCAGACUCCCCUGGACCCAGCUGUGUCUCCAUGAAGAGUGACUGGUCUAUGGAGAAACCUCCUGAAUUUAAAGAUGGAAAUCAGCAACCUUCUAAGAAAAGAAGGAGGCAGGAGAGAGCAGACUCCCCUGGACCCAGCUGUGUCUCCAUGAACAGUGACCGCUCUAUGGAUCAUCAUCAUACCUUUAAAGAUGGAAAUCAGUCUAUUGAGAAGAGAAGGAGGCAGGAGAGAGCAGACUCCCCUGUGCCCAGCUGUGUCUCCAUGAAGAGCGACCGCUCUAUGGAGCAUCCUCUUGUCCAAUUUAAAGAUGGAAAUCAGUCUAUUGAGAAGAGGAAAGGAUUUUUCAGAGAAUAUAGAACUAUAGAAUCUAUCAGAUGUUUUAAAGAUGGACGCCCCAUCAGAGAGGAGAGGCGACCACAGGAGAGGUCAAAGGUUACUAGUGCUCAGUCUGUACAGCAGAAUCAAACAGAGCUGAUCAAGAGGGCUGAGGAGAAUGCACACGCUUUUCUAGACAAGGAGCUGAAGAAGCUCUGGAGGGAUCUCUUCUCAGAUUAUCCACAAUGCUCAGAGAGUCAGAAGGAGGAGGAGGAUGUGGAAGUUAACAAUGAGGAGCAGAGGAGGCGUGCCAUAGACGGAGUGGUAGACAUCACAAAGCUCUGCCUAAUGGAGAUGAACCAGGAGGAAUUGGCCAACACACUGGGGAGUGGAGCUGUUGCUGUCCAGUACCAACAUAAACUCAAGUCUCAUCUGAGGAAGAAGUUUCAGUGUGUGUUUGAGGGAAUCGCUAAAGCAGGACAGCGAACACGUCUAAACGACUUCUACACAGAGCUCUUCAUCACACAGAGAGGCAGUGGAGAGGUCAACCAGGAACAUGAGGUCAGACUGAUUGAAAAAGCCUCCAGGAAGCCAGCCAAUGAGGGAACACCAAUCAGAUGUGAAGACAUCUUUAAACCCUUACCUGGACAAGAUAAACCACACAGAACAAUAAUGACAACCGGAGUUGCCGGCAUUGGUAAAACCGUCUUAACACACAAGUUCACACUGGACUGGGCUGAGGGCAAAGCCAACCAAGAAAUACACUUCACAUUUCUCCUCACUUUCAGAGAGCUGAAUUUACUGAAAGGGAAAGAGUUUAGCUUGGCGGAUCUUCUUCAUCAGUUUUCUGUUGAAAACAAAGAAGCAGGAAUCUACAGAUAUGAACAUGACCAAGUAGUCUUCAUCUUGGAUGGUCUGGAUGAGUGUCGACUUCCUCUGGACUUCCAGAACAACCCGAUCUGGACUGAUAUCACGAAGCCGACCUCAGUGGACGUGCUGCUGACAAACAUCAUCAGGGGAGUCCUGCUUCCCUCCGCUCGUAUCUGGAUAACCACACGCCCUGCGGCAGCCAAUCAGAUCCCUGUUGAGUGUGUUGACAUGGUGACCGAGGUGAGAGGGUUCACCGACCCACAGAAGGAGGAUUACUUCAGGACGAGAUUUAGAGAGGGGACACUGGCCAGCACAAUCAUCUCUCACGUCAAGAAAUCUCGAAGCCUCCACAUCAUGUGUCACAUCCCAGUCUUCUGUUGGAUCACUGCUACAGUUCUAGAGGACUUCUUCAAAACAACCCAGAGAGGUGAAGAGGUGCCUAAGACCGUGACUCAGAUGUACAGCCACUUCCUGAGGGUUCAGUCCAUACAGGGGGACAGGAAGUAUCAUGGGAGAGCUGAAUCUGAUCCACACUUGAGUUCGGAGACCAGGGAGAUCAUUGUUUCUCUGGGGAAACUGGCUUUUAACCAGCUGGAGAAAGGCCAGCUGAUCUUCUACAUGGCAGACUUGGCAGAGUGUGGCAUCGAUAUCAGAGCAGCUUCAGUGUACUCAGGAGUGUUCACUCAGAUCUUUAAAGAAGAGUGUGGGCUGUACCAGGACAUGGUGUUCUGUUUUGUCCAUCUGAGCAUCCAGGAGUUUCUGGCUGCCCUUUAUGUAUUUCUGUCCUACAUCAACACUGGUGUCAAUCUGCUCUCAGAAGAACAACCAACCUCCAGGGAAGAUGAACUCUGCCUCCUCUACCAGAGUGCUGUGGACAAGGCCUUACAGAGUGAGAACGGACACCUGGACUUGUUCCUCCGCUUCCUCCUGGGCCUCUCUCUAGAGACCAAUCAGAUUCUCCUACAUGAUCUGCUGGGUCCAAGAGGAAAUGCAUUACUGGGCAAUCCAACUAAAAAAGUUCUGCCGGGACGGACAGGAAAAAGGCCACGUAGCAAUACCAAAAUAGUCCAUUACAUCAAGGAGAAGAUAGGUGGAAAUCUCUCUGAAGAGAGAAGCAUCAAUCUGUUCCACUGUCUGAAUGAGCUGAACGACCGUUCUCUAGUGGUGGACAUCCAACAGUACCUGACAUCAGGAAGUAUCUCCACAGAAUCUCUCUCCUCUGCUCAGUGGUCAGCUCUGGUCUUCAUCUUACUGACAUCAGAAGAGGACCUGGGCGUGUUUUACCUUAAGAAAUACUCCGCUUCUGAGGAGGGUCUUCUGGGGCUGCUUCCAGUGAUCAAAGCCUCCAAAACAUCUCUACUGAAUGGCUGUAAGCUGUCAGAGAGAUGCUGUGAAGCUCUGGCCUCAGUUCUCAGCUCCAACUCCUCUAGUCUGAGAGAGCUGGAUUUGAGUUCCAAUGAUCUUCAGGAUUCAGGAGUGAAGAAGCUCUCUGCUGGACUGGGGAGUCCACACUGUGCCCUGGAAACUCUCAGGCUGAACGGCUGUAAGCUGUCAGAGAGAUGCUGUGAAGCACUGGCCUCAGUUCUCAGCUCCAGCUCCUCUAGUCUGAGAGAGCUGGACCUGAGUAACAAUGAUCUGAAGGAUUCAGGAGUGAAGCUGCUUUCUUCUGGACUGGGGAGUCCACACUGUACACUGGAAACUCUCAGGCUGAAUGGCUGUCAGCUGUCAGAGAGAUGCUGUGAAGCCCUGGCCUCAGUUCUCAGCUCCAACUCCUCUAGUCUGAGAGAGCUGGACCUGAGUACCAAUGAUCUGCAGGAUUCAGGAGUGAAGCUGCUCUCUGCUGGACUGGGGAGUCCACACUGUACACUGGAAACUCUCAGGUUGUCUGGCUGCCUAGUCACACAGGAAGGCUGUGCUUCUCUGGCCUCCGCUCUGAGCUCCAACCCCUCCCAUCUGAGAGAGCUGGACCUGAGCUACAAUCACCCAGGAGAUUCAGGAGCUAAGCUGCUCUCUGCUGGACUGGAGGAUCUACACUGGAGACUGGACACUCUCAGUGUGGAGCAUGGUGGAGUGUGGAGGCUGAAACCAGCUCUAAAGAAGUAUGCCUGUGAACUCACACUGGACCCAAACACAGCCCACAGACGACUCUCUCUGUCUGAGGACAACAGAAAGGUGACACGGGUUGAAGUGGACAAUUCGUAUCCGGAUCACCCAGAGAGAUUUGACUCCUGGAAACAGGUGUUGUGUAGAGAGGGUCUGACUGGCCGCUGUUACUGGCAGGUCGAGUGGGUAGGAGAUGUUUAUAUUGGAGUGGUAUACAGAGGAAUCACAAGGAAAGGAGCGGGUAAUGACAGCGGGGUUGGAGGGAACAACAAGUCCUGGGUUCUUGGUAUUCAUGAUGAUCGUUACAGUGCCCGUCACAACGGUAGUAGAAGAGCCAUACUUCUCCCCCUCCCUCGUUCUAACAGAUUAGGUAUGUAUCUAGACCGGCCUGCUGGCACUCUGUCCUUCUACAGUGUGUCCCCAGGUGUAGGAGGGUCCUCAGACACUCUGACACACAUCCACACCUUCCAGUCCACCUUCACCAAGGAGGACCUCCUCCCUGGGUUUGGUUUUCGUAACCAAGUGUCCUCAGUGUCUCUGUCUCCAUUGUAGUUAAACACAUAUACACACACACACACACACACACACACACACACACACACACACACACACACACACACACACACACACACACACACACACACACACACACACACACACACACACACACACACAAUCAAACACAGGGCCUAUACGGACUGGGGGUCCGUAUAGGCCCUGGGAAGUUUUGUUGUUCUUUGGUUGUUUUUUUGGAUUUUUGGUUGUUGUUCAAAUAGUUUAAUAACAUAAUUUGGUGCUACGCCCCUGCACACACAGACCCAUAGAAACACACACACAUUGUAGCAACCCGGUUCCGUAAGUGCCCCGCCUCUCCCCAAUCAGCACAGUGCACACGUCUCUAUGCGUUAAGCCGAAAAAGACGCGUUUAUUAUCACAAACGAUGGGACGGGACCGGGAAAGAACAAACGUGAGCCACGCCGGAUUCUCCGGCUGUCUCUGCGAUCGUUUCGGUCGCCUCGGAGACAGGUUGGUCCGUUGGUCUCCGGGUCCCUCUAUUAGACGGGUUGCCACACACACAGACACACGCACACACGCAUUUCAUGAAUCUAUAAACACAUAAACAAAAUUUAACACACACACACACACACACACACACACACACACACACACACACACACACACACACACCCUUCAUGGAUCUAAACCCACAGCAGGUCUGUGUGCCGGUGGCAAGCAGCAGGUAACAUCAGUGUCUCUCGUGGUUCAUCUCUCAGCCCUCUCUGUGUUCAGCUGGGCUGCUGAGCGUCAGAUUAGAGGGGGCCGCUUGGGUCUGGGGGUCCUCACAGUCCUGACGUUGUUGAGGACCAGCUGUUAGGGGGACGAUUGAAUACCUGUGUAGGCUACCCAUGGACGUAUAGUGCAUCGGGUUGUUGAACAGCAGCUGUGUGUGCUCUGAGGGGUCAACCCGUUCAGUGGAAAUACAACUCUUUGUGUUUGAUUUAAAUACUCCACUGUACGCCAAAGGAUUCAUUUUAUUUGGCUUCUAAAAGGUUCAGCAUAUACAUCAAAGGAAUUUUAAGUUCUUCCAUUGGGUUAAACAGGUUGUACAAAGAUUUACUUUCUAUCGUAAAAAUGAGUUUUAAAUGUUGAUUGAUGGUAGCCUAUAAUUUCUUUACUACAAUAUUUUAUACAUUUUCAACAUCGUAAUAAAGGGAUUUGAUAUCAGUUUUUAUUUUGCCAUGCCUGACAUGGAACGUGAUUUAAAGCAGAUUUAACAACAUGAUCAUAAAUUAUGUUACCCUUAUGGGUAAGGGUAAAGAUGUUCAUGUGGUGAAUGACUUCAAACUGAAUAUCUUUGUGUUCUAUUGGGAACAACAAGUCAACAUGUUUGGUUAUUAAACAUACCUGUUUAUGAUUUGUAAUUGUUCAUAAAGCAUAACGUUAAUAAACAACUCAGUUGAUCUACUGAACGUUCCCGUGUGUUCAAAUGAUUCUUCCCGUUUUUCAAUUUUUAAACCUCCAAGUCUUCUGGAGACAUUUCCUCCCAACACAACAGUGGAGUCUCCAUUCACCCCUUCAUCAGUGUGGAGGGAGGAUAUUGCCACACACACAACAGUGGCGUCUGACUUUUUUUAACCACACACACAUAC